CAAUCAAUCUGAAUCGCGCAUCCAACCAAACUAAAGAACCUUCUGCAACUUGACCCCAGGGAGAGCUAAGUACAUAACAGUAGAAGCCUCAGGGUUUCUCGACGUAGCUCUAAAAGUUCGAUUUAGUUUCACUCUCUUUAUUCAUACGGUUCUACUAGACAGCACUACAACAGCAAUUUUAAUACCUAGUUUCACACAGCAACAAUACCAAAGCAGCGCUUUGGGGAAAGAAUAAUUGUUCUAAGUACUUUCAGCAUCGCAAUCCAAAAGCGGAGUUUAUCACAGUAGUCAACAUCGCGCGCGAACGUAUACGUACAAGAUGCAGGGCCACCAAGAAAACCUGGGUUUCCCCGGCUUUGUGCAGCAGCACGACAUUCAUCCGGGGAACUAUCCACCGAAAAAAGAUGGGUCGUACAUCAAUGACAAGAAAGACGAAGGUCCAGAUUGGGCGAAGAAAUUUGAGGACGACAAGAAGCUGAGCAAGGCGAGCGAGUGGAAGUUGAAAAUGGGGGACAAAGCCGGCGAUAUGGUGGGGGAAAAGAAGAAAGCACAAAAGACAGCAUGGGCGGGAUACAAAUUCGGCAGUACUUGUUUACCAUUUACAUUUUCGGUUUCUUGCUUCGAUACAUCAAAUGCCUAUUGUGCUGUGCAUAAUUAUCUUCGUCAUGUUGUUUUCCUUUAUCUCACUUUUGUAUGAUGUAGUAGACGAAGGCUUCGGCAACAGCGCUCGGAUUUUGCGUUUUUGUCGAAGCGGUUUCUUCUGUGUGAGGAAAUGCCAUUUUUUGCAAAAAAAAAUCUGUACCAGAUAAUCAAAACAACCAAUUUGCGGGCGGGUUCGUAAUCGGAAUCGAAGAAAAGAAGGGUGGUGACAAAUAUUCCGUGAUGAACAAAGCGAAGAAAUCCGGUGGUCAUUUGCUGGAAAAGAAAAACAUGGGUACUUGUCACAAACAGAGCCGAAAGAGGACUGCAUUUUCAACAUGAAUUUGAUUCGACUCGUUUCUUGGAAUUUGACUAUGCAUGUCAAGAUGAGAAGACUAAAAAUACUUUAAGCAUAGAAUGAAAAUUUGGAUUGUUUUCUCUCCUGCUGUGCGGAAGCUGAUCAGAAAUCUAUUCCCUGCAUCAAAACAAAAUCUUACCAGGCAAGAACCGUAUCUCGCAGAUUAAGGACAGCACGCUUUCGGGAAUUACCAAGCCGGCCAUCCGGCGGUUGGCGCGAAGAGGCGGCGUCAAGCGAAUUUCAAAGCCGAUUUACGACGAAAUUCGUUCCGAGCUGCGAAUCUUUCUGGAAUCAACGCUGCGCGACGCCACCACGUACAUAUUUACAACGAACGAUGAAUUUUGAUGUAGUUGUUUUUGGGAACUCGAUGUGUCGCGGAUGCAUGUGAGCUCAUGCGAGGAGUCCUUUAUCAAUGAAUCUCCCGUGCUGCGCUCAUAAUUUAGACUUUCCUUGUGUCAGCGUUAGCAGACAUGCAGAGGUAGGACAGCCAGUAAUCGAGACAGCAAGAAAAAGAGCGAAAAUAAAAAUAUAAUUUUCACUUCUGAACGCAGGUAUUGUGAGCACGCGAAGCGCAAGACGGUGAAGCCGCUGGAUAUUGUGUACGCACUAAAGCGAAAGGGCCGCGACCUCUACGGUUACGGUAUGUAAAGGCACCGCGGUCAUGGUCCUUGGACGGCGGGAGUCGUAGAGCGACGAGAUACAGCAGCAGGCUGUACUGAUUUCAGUAUCUAUUCACACUUCAUCAUCAUCUGCCGGGACGAGCAUUCUUUAUUUGGAAGGCGAAGGGUCGGCGGAAGCGGAAGCGCAGGGGAAUCGACGCAAUUACAGAACAAAAAAUACGACGAGCAAAAUCAUAAAUAAGUUCGAACAAAUGGCGCGUCCGAGGAUGAAAAAUUUCACUGCUUUCUCUUUCCGAUUCCGGUCAAGGGCGUAAGCCUUUCGUAGCCGUGUCCCUGUGCAGUAGUGACGAAUUAUGCUGGAAUUAUGCAACAACUGUUACGUAACACUCGGAGCUCUUUGAUCCUGUCCGCGCCAGCUCCGGACAUGAGGGUGAGAGUGACCAGUGUGAUGUUUGGCCAGACGCAGUGAUUAGUUUUGAUGAUAGGCGAUGAACAUUGGAAAAUCUUCUUCGAGAAGAUUUGAAGAACAACCUGAUUGUACAAAUAAACACUGAUCAUUUUUUUCACCUCUCUUUCCGUCGAGCUUCUUCCGUUCUUGAGGUUUUACUGGGCUCAGCACUCUGUCUGACCGAGUGAUCUAUCAUUGCUGGUCGGGCGGAGUGUUUUUGGCUAGUGCGACCAUUCCAGGAACAGCCUAUACCUAACUCUGCAGCCAGCUAGCAGCUGAUAUCUGUUAGCUGUAAAGGACGAAAGCACAUAAAAUAUCAUCAAUUAAAUUUACAAGAACCCACUUUCGUAGACCAUACUUCGCACACGCUUUAGUUGGAAUCAUGGUUUCGUCGAACAUCAACACAUACGACAUGUAGCACCACUUCUUUGCCUGCUGUAUAUGAUAUUUACACUGUGCUGUCGCCCGCUAGUACUACAACUUCUAUCAGAAAAAGUACAGGAUCUUCACAUUGCAGGUGUAUUUGGAUGAAAGAUAAAGAUUACCAUUUUCCAGUGGUCCUUGAGUGUACAAAACAACCUCCGUAUCGUGCACAACGAGGCUAUUUUUACGAGCGGACGGUUCUGCGCUGUCGUGUCGCGCAGCUUCUGGGAGGUGCAGUAGUACUUUACCAAUACGCAUUCUUCUACGUAAGAAAGCCAAGCUGCAGAGGUGCACGUGCAGAGCCAUCCCGAUAUAUAAUAUUGAAAACGUGCCACCUCUACUCAUCUAAUGACAGAAUGUUUUGCAUGUUGUGCUUUUUUUGAACGGACCUUCUACUUCUUGUCGACCAGCUUUGUCUUCUCGACAGCUCGGCGGCCUAUCACCAGGUAUUUGAAAAUCCUAGGUGAUAGCGUCGCGCGUAUCUGCCUGACAAGGCGCGCCGUGUAUCAGCAGAUGCCCAAAGCUACGUACUUACACCUUUCUGAAGAUUCCGCCGGUUGCGCCGCCGUGCUUAUCUGAGGAUGCCAGAGGGAGGCGUCGAGUUCAGCAUAGAAAAAUCAACGACUCCUACAAGGCACGAUGCUGGACCAACAUGCUCACGACCGAUCCUAUGAUUAAGUGAGCAUCCGAUCAGAUAAUCAGGGCUGCCUGCCUCAAGCCUCUGCUACCUGCGAGCCCACUAUAUCUACAUCAGGUGCAGGGACGGUGGUGCUCGAACUACAUGUGGGUUACCGUGCAAGUGGACAGAAAAAACUCGACCGGUGUUCCUGACGUUUCGUCACAACACCUGACUUGCAACUACCAAAAAUCCAAAUUUCACUGUUAUAAUUUUCGCAGAAAAUAACGGCG